AUGAGUUGUCUCCACUUCCGCCAAGUCACUUCCAAUGACUAUAAGGAAGUUGUUGCUAUUAGACGAGGGAUAUAUUACGGCUUGGACUAUUUGGCGGACAGGUUUCAUUCCAUGCUGGAAACACACGAAGGUUAUGUUGCAAUGGAUGGCGACAAAAUGGUCGGAUUUGCUUUUGUAACUACAAUUGAUGACGGGGCCACAUCGCUGGUUCGCGCCGCUCGUGUCCACGAGGGUUACGAAGGGAAGGGAAUAUAUCGGAGUCUCUCUGACUAUAUCCGUCAAAUCGAUUUAUCAAACCGGGACAUCAAGCGAAGCGCAGUGGUACUUCACUUGGACGCAGAGGCCGACCGUCUUAUCAAAAAGGGUGCUGUUUUAGUAGGGAGACGGAACGUGCGGGUGUUUCUAGGAACUGCUUCAUUAAUUCUACCCUGCAUAAAAGGAGUUCUAGAAAAUCACCCUCUGAAUCGUGACGCUAUGGCCAGGAUAUUUCACUCAACAAAAUUGUGUUCAAUUCUGUUUCCAUGCGAUCGGAUUGUGUGCAAUUGGGUUGCCUACAGAUUGCUUCCAUCUAACAUUGAACAUUUCGAUUCCAAGAACCACAACGUGCUGGCCACCUCAGUAGAUCCUGAAAAUGUGUCCGGAAAUCCACUUUUGUCCGUUGGUAUGACAUUCAAUUGUGAGGAAGGAUAUGCUCUUUGUAUAGAUUUUCAUGGUGACAUUGGAGAAGGGUCAAUGGUGAGAGAGCACGUGGAAAAACACAUGAAAAUGUCAAUGGGUCAACAAACUAAAAAUAUUGUUGUCAUGAUCACAUGCGAAGAUUGUAUAGACGAUAGUUUGUUGUACAAGACUAUGGAAAAAUUCUCAAUGACCGAGAAAAAAAUCGGUAUCAAAAUGAAUAUGAUUGAGAAAAAUAUAUAA